GUUUCCGUCUUCUCGCGAGCAUAGAGAAACGGCAAUCAGCGAGAGAAGGGUGAUGGGGAGAAAUGCGGUCUGAAAAGGACGAGAUGAUGGUUGGCAAGGAGAAAUGUGUCGUCGAGAUACAGUUUAGGGACCUCUCGAGAGAGCAGGACAUCAUUCCUGGUAACGCCAAGCAGAAGGAAGAGAAGAAAGAGGUUUUCUCAAAGGUGGUAAUCCGAAGGCUUCCACCUAGCCUGUCAAAGGACCAGUUAGAGGAACAGCUGAGCCCACUUCCAUCUUAUGAUUAUUUUGAGUUUUUCUCUGCAGAUCAAAGUCUUUACCCUCACCUGUUCUCCAGAGCUUACAUCAAUUUUAAAAACACAGAAGACAUUCUGCUGUUCAGGGAUCGGUUUGACGGCUAUGUCUUCAUUGAUAACAAGGGCCAGGAGUAUCCUGCUGUGGUAGAAUUUGCUCCCUUUCAGAAGAUUUCCAAGAAGAAACUGAAGAAGAAAGAUGCCAAAGCUGGAAGCAUUGAAGAAGACCCGGAAUACAAGCGAUUCCUGGAGAAUUACUCCUGUGAUGAGGAGAAGUCCAUGGCUAACCCCGAGACUCUGCUCGGAGAGAUUGAAGCCAAGACUAAAGAACUCAUAGCCAAAAGGACAACACCUCUGCUGGAAUACAUCAAAAAUAAGAAAAUUGAAAAACAGAGAAUCAGAGAGGAGAAGAGAGAGGAAAGGAGAAGGAGGGAACUCGAAAAGAAAAGGCAGCGAGAGGAAGAAAAGCGAAAGCGGCGAGAGGAAGAGAGGCGCAAGCGAAAAGAGGCAGAGAAGCAGAAGAAACUGUCAGAAAAGGACAUCAAAAUUAAGCUCCUGAAGAAAAGCGACAGAGAUGAUGAUAUUGAUUCAGACAGAACGAAGGAGAAAAGUGAUACUGGUGAUGGAGACAGGGGUAAUUGGGAGAAAUCUGUGGGACAAAUGAAGUCAAAAGAUCCCAAAGAGAAAGGUCAGCCUGAAAGCGACAAGGAGCAGAGAGAGCAGCAGCAACACGGGCGCAGGCAGCGAGACAAAGACCACAGAGGAAAAGAUGAAGAAAGAAAACGACAACGACACCACUAUGAGUUUGAUAAGUUCAUGCGCCGGAAAGAUGAGACCAAGUGGGGGAAAGGCUACUGCCAGGACCGGGCCAAGAAAGAGGGCCAUCACCACGGUUACUCCUACUGUCCUGACAGUGGAGAAAAAAUGGGAAAGGAGGACAGGGAGGAGCUGAGUAACAGGAAGGAACGCCUCCGAAACAAGGUGAGCGAGAAGGACCGUCCAGCCAUGCAGCUGUAUCAGCCGGGAGCACGCAACAGGAAACGUAUGAGCUCAGCCAGUAAAGGCUAUGACUGCAUCCCUGUGGGCCACUCACCCGAAUGCAGGACGGAUCGUUGUUAUGAUGUUGUUACCAUGACAACUGGACUAGAGAGGGGCUUUGAAAAAAGCAAAGAUGAGCUGUGAGUAUUCUGGGUAAAAUGAGGAAAUACAUGUAUAAAGUAAAAUAAACAGUUUGUCAGGUUAUCUGGUUUGACUGGGUUAACUGGCUUAUUGGUUCUGUUUCAAAAAAGGAACUGAAAGAAGAUAUUUUUAAAAUAGUAAUUAGAGCAUUCGCUGCCUGAUUGCCAGCAUCAGUCUAAUUGUCAACCCUUGAUAGGAUUGUAUCCUCUGCAUGGGAACAUCAUUCUUGAUUUUAUAGAUUUUUAAUGAAACAAACAAUAAAGUUGGAGGAAGUUGCAGACCGAUGACGUGGUUAAUAAGAGUAAAAUAUGUUUUUAUUACUGUGUACAGGUGAGAAGAUGACUAUGAAUUAAUUUAGAAAAACAAAGUUUCUGUCUAAAUAUUUUACUAGUGCUGUGGUUUAGUCAGCCAGCUUUAUACAUGAUCAACAAUGAAUCUGUAAGGAAAACGCAUAAUUAUAAUGAAAAGUUUGCAUUUUUGUUCUGUUACUCAAAACUAGUUAUCACAAAUGUUUCACUGCAGUUGUUGUCCACAUAGGUUUUACAAUUAGCUUUAGGGGUAGCUACGUUUUAUAGCAUUGUGUAAAAAAUAGUUUUACGAGCUUAAUAAUAACUUUGCACGUCUCAUUUGUAAGUUUCUUUAUAAGAAAUACAUGAUGUCAAACAAUUCUGCGGUGUUUCCGUCAUUGAGGAUGUUCUCUGGGUGUGACAACAGACACCGUAUGGUUGUGAGUUAAUCACAGUUGGAGGUGAUUCAACACAAGAAGGUUAGUGAAGGUGUGGCUCUUAUAUGAGUAAAUAGAAAAAGGGUGUUGGCCUAAAUCAGAUGAACAUCUGAUCUGAUUUUUGAUUUCUGUAAAUGAGAAACUGUACUUUGUGACUGUUGGCCCACAGAUUCAGUCAGAAGAAGACUAAAGACAAAGGGACGGACUUUGUUGCAUUUUCACCAGAGAAAACAGAACUAUAACAAUCAACAGGAAGCUGACAAAAGAGCACACUUAGUGUGUGAAUCUUGUGAACUAGAUGAAAGCUCGCAUUUUCACUUCACUCUGAUUACUUUCUAAAGCUUUAUCCUAAAAUGUAGAACAAUUUCUUUGUGAAAUAGUGAAUAAAACUGAUUCCUCAAUUA